AGCAUUACCCUACAUUGGGGAAAUGAGCCUUCAAAGGACCGAGGGUUUUUCCUCCUAUUGAUUCUGAACAAGGCCAUCCUUUGCUAUAUAAGUGGCUGGAGUCAUGGAUUCCUCCAUGUGUACUCAUCAUAUUUUUUAAUGAGAGGGUAACUUUUUCAGAUUCAGAGUUAUGAAGAGAGUGGAGUUACAGGUAAAAGGGAAAGCUGCUGCUGCUGGUGGUGGUGGUAUUUAUUUCAUUUGGUCACAGCCUUUGUAUCAUUUUUCCCCCUUAGGUUUGUACAAACAAGCUCUAGAAGUUUCAUCGUUAGAUGGGCAAUAUCAGUCCACUGGGCAUUCUGUCGGAGAAGAAACAAGUUAGGCAAGGGCUCUGAGGCUCUUAAGUCGCUGAAGGUUUGGAUGUCCUUUUCUCAGCUUCACACCUACAUGCAAAUCAUCUGUUCAUAGUAAGUUAAUAAAAAUAAACCCCACAAUUUAACGUGCGCGUACAUUUUACGCAUAUGUAAAUCUUGGAAAGCCACAUAACUAUUUCCAGCCCGCAUUUGGGUGUUUGCCACUAUGGACUGGGGCAGGCUUCCAGAGGAGGUGGCUGUUCCGUGACAAACUGGAACACACUAGUGGUCACGGCGCCAAUUCCCCCCAACUCCUCAUCACAGCUAUCUUCGUUUCCCCUUCUGCAGCCAUGUUUUUCUGAUUCAAUUAGCGAAGGCCCCCAAGUCGCCACGAAAAGCGGGUAUAACAGACCUGGAACCUUAGUAGGGUAGCCAGAACAGCAAAGAAAGCUCAUUGCACAUGCGCGGGGCAGGGAGGCGCGCGCAUGCGCUUUGGCGGAUGCCCCCGGCUCUCCGGCCUCUCGCGGCGGCUGGGCGACUGCGCGCGACUGACGUGCCUGGCGAGCGGCGGCGGCGGGACUCCGCAAGGGGAAGGAGCGCCGCCGAGGUGGAUGAGACCAUGAAACGGUGGGGCACGCCCCUUCAGAAGCUGUUGUUCAAGACAAUCUAGUUUUGUUUCAUGAAUCUUGUAAGCCACUUAUGAAGUUUCUUGUUCAAAAAUUGCCGUACUGCAAUGAAGAAAAGGAGAAAGGUUACUUCAGAUCUUGACGAGAAGAUCCAUCUAGGCUAUCAUAAAGAUUCUUCAGAAGAAAAUGCUGCUGUGGAAUGUGGCCAAGUGACCUACACUCAGUCGACAGAAAGACCAACCCCUGAAGCUCUUCAGUGUUGCCAAGAGCUUCCCACCUCUCCGGAUCAGAGAAAGCUUUUGAGUUCUUUGCAGUACAAUAAGAAUUUGCUGAAGUACUUGAACGAUGAUAGGCAGAAGCAGCCGUCUUUCUGUGAUUUACUUAUCAUAGUAGAAGGGAAAGAAUUCAGUGCUCAUAAAGUAGUAGUUGCUGUUGGCAGUAGUUAUUUCCAUGCGUGUUUGAGCAAAAAUCCAAGCACGGAUGUCGUCACCCUGGAUCACGUAACGCAUUCAGUUUUUCAGCAUUUGCUCGAGUUUCUUUACACAUCAGAGUUUUUUGUGUACAAAUACGAAAUACCUCUUGUUUUAGAGGCGGCAAAAUUUUUGGACAUUAUAGACGCAGUGAAGCUGCUGAAUAAUGAGAACGUUGCUACGUUUCAGGCGGAACUCACUGACAAGUCGUCCCCAGAAGAGACACUAAAUGAAUUAACCGGAAGGCUAUCCAACAAUCAUCAGUGCAAAUUUUGUAGUAGGCAUUUCUGCUAUAAAAAGUCCUUAGAGAACCAUUUAGCUAAGACUCAUAGGUCCCUGUUACUGGGGAAAAAACAUGGGUUAAAAAUGCUGGAGCGCAGUUUCUCUACUCGGAGGUCCAAGAGGAAUCGGAAGUGUCCCGUGAAGUUUGAUGACACCAGUGACGAUGAACAGGAAAGUGGGGAUGGGUCAGACAAUUUGAAUCAGGAAAGUUUUGAUAAGGAGAGGUCGGAUAGGAAUGACUCCGAGGACCCUGGAAGUGAUUAUAAUGUGGAGGACGAGGAGCUGGAGGAGGAAGUGUCAGAUGAGGAGUCUGACACCGAGCAGAGUGACAAAGACAAUGACGCAGAAGAGGAGCCCGAGGCUGCUGACUCUGCAGGAAGCAUCCACGAAGGGUUGGCUCCCGUAGUCAUUCAGAACAGCAAUAAGAAGAUCCUGCAGUGUCCCAAGUGUGAUAAGACAUUUGACCGGAUAGGGAAAUAUGAGAGCCACACCCGUGUGCACACAGGUGAGAAGCCCUUUGAGUGUGAUAUCUGUCACCAGCGUUAUUCGACCAAGUCUAACCUAACCGUUCACAGAAAGAAGCACAGCAGCGAGGUAGAGUUUCAUAAGAAGGAGCACAAGUGCCCUUACUGUAAUAAGCUGCACGCGAGCAAGAAGACGCUAGCCAAGCACGUCAAGAGAUUUCAUCCUGAAAAUGCACAAGAAUUUAUUUCCAUUAAGAAGACUAAGAGUGAGAGUUGGAAAUGUGAUAUUUGUAAGAAAUCUUUUACUCGAAGACCACACUUGGAAGAACACAUGAUUCUGCAUUCACAAGAUAAACCUUUUAAAUGUACCUAUUGUGAAGAACAUUUCAAAUCCAGAUUUGCACGGUUAAAGCAUCAAGAGAAGUUCCAUCUAGGACCCUUCCCAUGUGAUAUAUGUGGUCGUCAAUUCAAUGACACUGGAAAUUUGAAACGUCAUAUAGAAUGUACUCACGGUGGAAAGAGGAAAUGGACUUGCUUUAUUUGUGGGAAGUCAGUUCGAGAAAGAACUACUUUGAAAGAACAUUUGAGAAUACACAGUGGAGAAAAGCCUCAUCUUUGUAGUAUCUGUGGGCAAAGUUUUCGUCAUGGAAGCUCAUACAGGCUUCACUUACGCGUGCAUCAUGAUGAUAAAAGAUACGAGUGUGAUGAAUGUGGGAAGACAUUCAUUCGCCAUGACCACCUCACAAAGCACAAAAAAAUACAUUCAGGUGAGAAGGCUCAUCAGUGUGAAGAGUGUGGAAAGUGUUUCGGUCGCAGGGAUCACCUCACUGUCCAUUACAAGAGUGUGCAUCUGGGGGAGAAGGUGUGGCAGAAAUAUAAAGCAACAUUUCAUCAAUGUGAUGUUUGUAAGAAGAUUUUUAAAGGAAAAUCAAGUCUGGAAAUGCAUUUUCGGACACAUUCAGGUGAAAAACCAUACAAGUGUCAAAUUUGCAAUCAGUCAUUUAGAAUUAAGAAAACUUUAACAAAACACCUGGUUAUUCACUCUGAUGCUCGGCCUUUCAAUUGUCAACACUGUAAUGCAACGUUUAAGCGGAAAGAUAAGCUGAAGUACCACAUUGACCAUGUUCAUGGGAUAAAAUCUCCUGAUGAUUCUCUCAGUACUUCUGAGGAAAAACUCAUGUCUUUGCCAAUAGAGUACUCAUCUGAUGAUAAGAUCUUUCAAGCAGAAACAAAACAGUAUCUGGACCAGCCCAAAGUUUAUCAGUCGGAAGCCAAGACUAUGCUACAGAAUGUGUCUGCGGAAGUAUGUGUUCCAGUAACAUUGGUCCCAGUUCAGAUGCCUGACACAUCCAGCGAUCUGGUGUCUCAUACUACCACACUCCCCACAUCGUCCCAUGAGAUGCUGCCACCACAGACGCAGCCAACUGAUUAUCCUCGUGCAGCAGACUUAGCAUUUCUGGAAAAAUACACUCUUACUCCUCAGCCUGCAAAUAUAGUUCACCCAGUCCGACCUGAACAGAUGCUAGAUCCUAGAGAACCGUCUUAUCUUGGAACAUUACUGGGCCUUGAUAGCACAACUGCUGUUCAGAAUAUGUCCACUAGUGAGCAUCGUUCAUGAGUCAACAUUCCAUAGACCUCUUGAUGCUUGUAAGCUGACAGUCAGAAGCUACUGGCUUUGAAUGAGUAGGGCUGCUGUUUUUUCUCCAUUUUUUUUUUUUUUAAAUAAUUUCUCAAGUCUUCAGAACAGCUUCAAAUCAAGAAAAGUUUAUUUCUAUUGACUGAAUACUUGGACACAUUUUAACAUGAUAUUAGAAGUAUGAUUUUUUUAAAAAAGAUCAUUUAGUACUAAUUUUGAAAUUUUAAAAUUUCAGAUUAUUAGCUGCUGACAAUGGUGGAGAUAUUUUUUAAAUCAUCAGUGGAAAUUUUUUCUCUUUCUUUCUUUUUGUUUUUUUGAGACAGGGUCUUAGUUUGUAGCCCAGGGUAUCCUCAAUUUGUGACAGACUUUCUGCCUUAGCCAACCAAUUGCUAGGAUUAUAGGUGUGAGCCCAAGCCAAGGUUUUUACUUCUAAUCAUCUAUUUUUCUCUCCCAUAUUGCUAUGAAGUUUUAAGAACCAUGUAGUCUAUAGGAAGGGAUGUAAAAAUAUGUCAAUAAUGGCAAAAUUUUAAUACUAAUUAAAUAUUUCAUUCAGAAUUUCAAAAUUGAGUUUAGAAACUUAUUGAAAUUUCUUACAAUUUUUGUAAGAAAAUCUUGAUACUUUCAGGUUGUCAUCUAUCUAUUGUUUUUGUCAUUAUAUUUGGGUUUUUUACAAGCCAAAAUCCAAGAGCUAACAAAUACAAGGUUAGCAUGUUAAAUGAAAUGUAAAAUUGUUAUUUUAAUCCAGAUAAUUGGACCUGUAUUCAACUAUCAUAAGUAAUAAAUACAAACUUAGAUCUAGGCACUAAAUUAUCUAAUUGAAUAUAUCUUAAUGAAAAUAUGUCAGUUUCACCUACAUAUCAAUAUACAUGUGCAUUUGUAUUUGACCACUUAGUCCACAUUCAUAGUCUGUUUCAGCAUCUACAGAUGUAUAAAGAAAGACAAGUGUAACUAAAUCAAUGGCAGUUCAAUCAAAUAAUGUAGUUAGCAUUUCAUUUCGCACAUUUGGCUGAUUGAAAUAGGGAAACAGAAUAUCAGAAAAGGUGCCAAACCCAUUCUUAGAUUUGCCCUAACUUAACAUGAUGCUCAGUGCAGUACCGUUUGUGUAUAGACUGACACUUAAACCAGAUCUUUAUUUUUGCUUUUGUGUGAAUUUGUCUCUAUUCUUCAUUCUUGUUUUUGGAUGAGGCAAUGGUUGAAUUCUUGAUGAAAGGAAAUAGGAAUUACAGGAGCACUUCACAGAUUAAGUUUAGGUGAAGAAAAAAAUCUGCCAGAAGGGGUUGGGGAUUUAGCUCAGUGGUAGAGUGCUUGCCUAGCAAGCGCAAGGCCCUGGGUUCGGUCCCCAGCUCCAAAAAAAAGAAAAAAAAAAUCUGCCAGAAUUAUGAAAUACCUUUAGAUAUGGGCAUUUUGCAUUUUUUUCAACUCACUUUCAUCUUAUGUAGGAUGAGGUUUGUCUUGUGGGGCUGCUGAUGCUUACACAGGCAGGGUUGACUCACUGUUAACAUGCAGUUUGUAUGUAAACUACUGGAAAAGUAGCAGUUUCAAACUUUUUCCUAUUUCAAUUUGUUUACACUGCUAAUUGCUUUUAGCACUUUUUUGUGUGUGAAUGUGUGUGUGUAAACUGUAAGGUCUUGCCUGGCCCUUGUGGGUUUUAAAAACAUAUCACAAAUAAAAUGAUGAACUUUUAGUGGAUAAAAUGUAACCAGUAAGGAGGAAACUGUUGAAGCACUUAAGAAACAAAGGUACUUUAUAGGAACAGUUGCCAUAUAAUGUUCAAAGAGCAUGUUGCAAAUUGAGGCACUAACCAAAGGAGCGAAGAUAAAUGAUAGCUAUAACCCCUGAGUUUGCCUCACUUAUCAGAGUUUGGUUGUUGUAAUUGUCUUUGGAUCAGUGAACUUAAUUUUAUAUUAUUUCUUAUUGCUAAAGCAUUCUUAUUUACUUAAUGUAGAAAUGUUCUGUGGGGACUAACAAUGGAGCUUGAGUCUGAGGCACUAUGAGUCCUAGACUUAUAAAUCAAGUUCAAGAGGACAGAUUUGUGAUUUUUAUCCUAAAGGCAGAUAAGGUUUUUAACUAAAUAUCUUACUGAAAUGAAAACAUCAUACGUAUAAAAUGUACUUUGCUUUAGAGAUAAGCUAAUGUAGAAAAAUUAGGGUUUAUCAGAAAAGGCAAAUGUUAUAUAUGUGUUUAUGUGCAUGAUAAAUUGUACAUUUUGGCAGAAAAGGAGGCUACAACAUUUCACAGUGGAUAUAUUGCCUUGGGUUUUGAAGGUAUUUAAGGUUCUUUCAAUAAUGAUACUUUAACAUGUUAAAUAUAUGACUUAAUUUUAGGAAUUGGUUUACAUAGGACUUUUUAUGAAUAUAGCUCUUAUGUAAAGUGACAUACAAUUGUAUAAUUGUACUUAGCUAUUGUAGUAGAAAAGCUGGAAUAGUGUCUGUUAUCUAAAAUAUUUUCAUGUUAUCUCAUUUGAACCUCGUAAGCAGUUUUGAAAUAGAAAGGAAAUGACACAUUUCCAUUUUAGAGAGAUAGGACUCAUCAUGACUCUACUCUCAUGGCAGACUGCCUUUAGUGGAAGGAGGAGACCCCAUAGCAUUAACCAGUGCUUACUGGGUCAAGUCCUGCGUUCUCUUGGUCCUAUUGCAGACUGGAGGUAGAUAGUUUAUAUUUAGGAAGAAAUAUUUAGGAAGAAAUAAGUAAACCCACAAUAAUGAAAAAAAUUACCUGUUCCCUCUGGUUUCCAAAAAUGUAAGAACAUGGAUUUGAGUAAGCUGAAUGUAUAUUAGUAUUUUAAGUUGGCACAAAAAUUAUAAAAUGGGCCCCACUCUUCUUAGUUGACCUUUUUAUGACUCUAAAAUCAUUAUUUUGUAACUAUGGUUAAAAUUUUGAAUCUCACAAGUAAGUUUAGCCUCAUUGUGAAUAUUUUAUUUUGUGAGUAUAAUUUAUUGUUUUAAAUUAAUUUUGAUAGAUAUGUUAGCACUUAAUCUGUAAAUUGAAUAAGUUAUUGAGUGCAGAAAUUUAUUAACUUACUGUCUCUGACUUAAUGCACCAAAGAUUUUGAGUAGGUAUUGAAUAGUUUAAAAGAAUUUAAAUUCUUUGUUGUUUGACUAUAUAUUUGUCCAAAGAAGCACAGCUGAAGUUCUUGGAUACUGAAUUUUAAAAAUUGUUAGUUUGAAUACUGAGAUUAAGUAUUAAGUGUUUGUGUUUAUAUGUAUAAAAUAAGUAGAGGAAAAUACUCUGGGAACAUUCAUACUGACCAACCAGUUACAAGUGAGAGUACUCAUUUCUCUCCGUUUAGUUGAGUACAGUUUUUUAAUGAACACUAUUCAAUAAUUUUAUAUUUUACACUACAUUAUAAAAAUAAUUUCUGCCUUAGAGGUUUUUUGGUUUUGACAGCCUAAAAAUACCCCUUAACCCGUAGGGUUUGUUCCUCAUGCCAGCAAGAUACCUUCAUGCUACUACAAAAGUAGAAAUGUUUGCAGACUUUUAAUUUAGAACUUUACUGCUGGGCAAAAGAGGAAUAAAAAAAUACCAUUUUAAACUGGUGCUUUAAUAAACUGACUGCCUUUUAAGUGAUGGUAACAUAAAAGAAGUACACUAAUUCCUUUCAACUUUAAAAAAGUGUCAAAACCACCUUUAUGGAGUGACUAUAAAGUGUUAAGGGCUAAUCAGUUCCACCCGUUGCUUUUCACUCAAUCCCAGGUUACCUAAACACAACUAACCUGGUACAUUUAUGAGCUUGAAUGUUCUUCCUACAAUAUCACUCUAAUUUAUUAUUUAUCAAGAGGUUUUGAACAUUAGUUCUUUAAGAGUGUCCUUUUAGACCAUCUUUUCUGAAUCAAAUACUUUGUACUUUUUCAGAGAUGUGUAGUUAUGUAGCAUUUUUCUCUGUUGCCUAGAUUGUACUGGUAAAUAAAGGACUUGUUCCUUUUGUUUAAUUUUUUGGUUCUGAGUCUUAAUAUUCCUGUUGCCUGCUGGCUGGGCAACAGCCUUUUAUGUGUUAACUUAGGAAAAUUGGUGUUGAGUGGUAGUGUGGACAUUGGUCUUCAGGAUUUACAUGUCUUCUUUUAAGUUUGUACUGUGGCCUUUAUAGCUACUGGAGUCACUCCUCAGCCUGUCUGGAUGUUUAGCAGAAUCUGACAGAAGAAUAGUAUGCCUGCUCCUCUUGUUACUGUCUAUCUCUGAUUGCUCUCCUUUUAAGUGACUUGUUAGGAGGAACACACAGCUCUAAACUGAAGAAUUAGUUCACCUUUCCUGAACUGAACAUGGUUGAUGGUGUGAGAAGAGCUGCUGUUAGCAAGCAGCAACAUCCUAGUCAACACCUAACUUGAGUUGAUGACUCAGGAAAAAGCACGGCUUUUCAAUAGUCAUGUUUGGACAUAUUUAGUGCCAAAUUUAAAAAAGACUGAAAAUGCAUUACUUAAUAAGGAGUAAGUACUGUUUCUAAAUACUUAAGUAGAAUUAUGUUAAAUCUUACCUGCUAUUAGAGUGAGUAAUGGAUUGAUUAUAAUUUUCUACACAGCAUAUAGGUACUAGACAAUUCUACAUAUCUCACUCAUUUCUUUUGCCCAUUUUUCUUUUAGUAAUUUCUGUGUGUUCUUUUUUGGUGUCUUUCCAUGUUUCUUACAAGUUUUACUUACCAUACUUUCCCUUAUGGCAUCAGCAUGUGUUUUGUGCUUCCUCUUUGGAAGUGGAUCACUAUUACUAAAGCAAUAGGAUUAGAUUGUGUGGAAGUUGGAAGGAGGAGGAUUUGGUAGGGCGGGUGUGUUUAUGUUCAACUAAUUCAUGCUUUAACUUACUGUAUAUUGAUCUUAAGUCUAUGACCUUUGAGAGAUCCCCAAGGCAUUUAUGUAGAGAGAAUUUAAAGAUGUUAUUUGGAGAACAAAUGUUACUUAAGAUGAAAACCUUUUGAAUUUUCAAGUAAAGCUAAGCAAUUUCAAUAUUUGCAUUACUGCUGGAGAUUUUGAAACGUUUCUUGAAUGAAGAGCAUGUGCACAUCUCAUUGUCACUAUGCCUCUCUGAUAUUCCUGCUUGUAUAAAGUUGAAUAAUGUACUGUGGUGUGAUCCCUUAUCCUUUUAACAGUCAGACUUUUCUCCUUGUAAGUAAAACUACUACAAUUGAUGAGUGUGAUUGCCAAGCGCUGGAUGUUUAGCUGCUCAGUGUUCUGUCAUAACUGUUCUAUUUAAGGGAGAAACAGUGUAUAUUGAAAUAGAAAUGCUUUUGUUUUCUGUCUCUAAUCUGAAUUUUUGUUUUGAAUUAAGGACAGUCUUAAAACCAAUUGCAAAGGAAAAUCAAAAAUGUCAAAAUUCAUUAUUUUCCACUGUAAGAAAAAUUUCUUGAGUUUAGUAUUUUGUCUCGUGUUUCUUAAAUAUAAAUGUCUUUAUAGCAAACAUUCAGUUCUUUGUGAGGAGAUGACAUCUUGCGUAUUAAAUUAGUUCUUUGUGUUAUUUUGAUAUUUAAAAUAAACAGAGUUCUUUGGUCCUAGUAAA